CAACUGAAUGUACAUAUGAACACUUGAUGCAACUGAGAGAAAUAUCUCAUCCGACUUUUUUCCAAAUAUCAUAAAUCAAGUGAAGGCAAUGGAGUUUAGUUAUAAGAAGAGCUUCAUGUUGUUCAUUUGUUCCACGCAAUGGCGAUCGACACUAUCUUAUAUUCUACUUGCACGUAGCGAUGAUGAGAUAUUCUCUUAAAAUCUACGGACAUCCAACUCAAAACAAUUGGCAAUGAGUGGAGUAACCUUUCCGUAUUAUAUUUUAAGUUAAUUAAACGAACUAUAGCGUGGGACUAUUGUCCUUUCACAUAUUCCCAUGCAAAAAAACUUCCAUGAUAUUUGUUUGUUCUUAAUAUCAAUUUCGUAUUCUUUUCAUUUUUCUCAAGUCUUUCUCCAAGACUGCAAGUCUGCAACAGUUUGCGUGUAGGAAAAUGUGUGGAUAUGAAUCUCUCUGUAUUCUAUACUCUCACUGACUAUAAAUAUGUACACUCUUGAUGAACUGAGAGAAAUAUAUCAUCCAACUAUUUUCUAAAUAUCAAUGGAGUUUAAUUAUAAGACGAGCUUCAUGUUGUUCAUUUGUUUUUCAUUCUGGAAUAUCCUACCUACAUCCCAAUCUAUCAUCGCCGAAACUGAUCGACUGGCUUUACUUGCAAUCAAAGACAAGAUAAUCGAUGAUCCAUCUGGAGCACUAAAUUCAUGGAAUGCAUCGUCUCAUUGCAGCAACUGGACAGGAAUUACAUGCAGUCGUCGGCAUCCAAGCAGGGUCACUAGCUUGGUUCUGGAAUCUAUGGGUUUGGUAGGUACUAUAUCUCCAUACAUAGGCAAUCUUUCAUUCUUAAGAUACUUAUCCCUGUACGACAACCAGUUCACAGGCGAAAUCCCACAAGAAGUUGGUCGUUUAUCUCGCCUCCAAACUUUUUUUGUGGCAAAUACUACACUUGCAGGGAAAAUUCCUAGGAAUAUAUCCUCGUGUAAAGAACUCGAGAGUUUAGUAAUAUUUAAUAAUGCUUUAGUAGGAGGAAUUCCGACCGAGCUUGGUUCCCUAUCUAAGCUUAGAAUGUUAGCACUCUCGACGAACCACCUUGAAGGAACUAUCCCGAUUUCACUAUCAAACCUAUCGGUUCUCGAAGUAUUUAAUUUACGAUCGAACAAUUUGCACGGUAACAUUCCAUCCGAGCUUGGCAAGUUAUCAAGAUUAACUUUUUUUACAGUCUCGUCAAAUCACUUAUCAGGAACCAUUCUUCCCCAAAUUUUUAAUAUCUCUUCCAUGACUACUUUUUCAGUGAGCGUCAAUAAAUUACACGGAACAAUUCCACCCUACGUCGGGACUACUCUCCCAAAUCUCGAAGUCCUUUUUUUAGGUGGAAAUAGAUUUUCUGGUGUGCUACCUAAUUCAAUAUCUAAUCUUUCUAGAUUGUAUAGAUUAGAAGUCUCGGAUAAUCAGUUCACUGGGUCUGUACCUCCUAAUUUGGGUAACUUGAAAAAUCUUACUAUUUUAAAUAUCGAGAAAAAUUAUUUUGGAAGUGGGGAAGUAGAUGAUCUUAACUUUCUUAACUCAUUACCAAAUUGCAGUACAUUAGAGACGCUUUCUAUUUCUUACAACAAUUUUUCAGGGCAACUACCAGAUUCCAUAGCUAACCUCUCGACAAAGCUUACGAUACUGUACGUGGGGGAAAACAAUAUAUUUGGUGAAAUUCCUCCUGGAAUUGGGAACCUUGUCAACCUAAAUGCAUUAGACAUGGAGGGUAACCAGCUAACUGGAAAUAUUCCUGAUUUUAUAGGAAAACUUCCCAUGUUAAUUCUGAUUUACCUGUCGAAUAAUCAACUCUCAGGAAUAAUUCCGGCAAACAUUUGCAAUAGCACUCAGUUGGAACAAAUUUUUUUUAGUACCAAUGGACUGCAAGGUGGAAUUCUGCCAAAUUUUGGAAACUGUCAGAAAAUGGUGGCAUUGGAUCUAUCACAGAAUCAACUUACCGGUGCUAUACCUAAAGAACUCAUUGGUCUUUCUUCGAUAACCACUCUGCUGAAUUUAUCUGGAAAUCAGUUAACUGGUAAUUUGCCAUCAGAGGUUGGUAACUUGGAGAGGAUUGUCGGGCUCUACUUAUCAAAUAACCGAUUAUCUGGGAAACUCCCGGAUUCUUUAGGGAAAUGUAAUGGUUUGGAAGAACUUUCCCUGGAUGGUAACUUAUUCGAAUGGGUCAUUCCUCCAUCCUUGAAAAAUCUAAAGGGACUCCAAAUGUUAGAUAUGUCGGGCAAUAAUUUUUCUGGGAAAAUUCCGGAGUAUAUGGAGUCCUUUGCUUCCCUCAGAUAUCUGAAUCUGUCUUCCAAUGACUUUGAAGGUGAAGUACCGAAGCAAGGGAUUUUCAAGAAUAUAAAUGCAUUUUCAGUGCUCGGAAAUGACAAGCUCUGUGGAGGAAUUCCGCUGCUACAUCUGCCGAGUUGCCCGAGACCUAGCUCUGAUAAGGAAAGUAAGCAAUCCCCUCGCAAGAGAUUGCUGCUAAUAAUAUUCGGAGUUGUUGUCUGUGUUAUUCUUCUGGGUUCCUUUCUCUUGUGGUUCUGGAGGAGAAAAGCAACAAAGAAAACUUCUUCACCUUUAUACAAUCCUUUGGAUAAUAUGUUUCAAAAGAUCUCAUACAAUGAACUUCUCAAAGCGACAAACGGAUUUUCGGCAGAAAAUUUAGUUGGAGUUGGAAGUUACGGAUCUGUUUACAGAGGAUUGUGGUCGCUAAGCCACGAGGUAACAACAGUUGUUGCCGUGAAAGUACUAGACCUUAAAAGGCGAGGAGCUUCAAAAAGUUUCGUGGCGGAAUGUGAAGCAAUGAGAUGUAUUCGGCACCGGAAUCUCGUGAAGAUGUUGACAUCAUGUUCUUCUAUUGAUUAUAAAGGAGAUGAAUUCAAAGCUCUUGUUUCCGAGUUCAUGCCAAAUGGGAGCCUUGAGCAUUGGUUGCACCCAACAGCAAAUGAUGUACAAUCAUCCUGGAGACCAUUAACUUUUAUGGAGAGACUAAAUGUAGCCAUUGAUGUUGCUUCUGCUUUAGAUUAUCUUCAUCACCGUUGUCAGACACCUAUAGUUCACUGUGAUCUGAAGCCAGGCAAUGUUUUACUUGAUAAUGACAUGAACAGUCGUGUUGGUGACUUCGGAUUAGCGAAGUUUCUUGGUGGAGUCAUCAUCAAUGUUGAAACUGAACAUCAUACCGCCAGUACUUCAGUCGGGAUAAGGGGCUCCGUUGGUUAUGCUGCUCCAGAGUAUGGAAUGGGUAGAGAUGUAUCGACUCAUGGAGAUGUCUACAGUUAUGGGAUCAUGGUGGUGGAGAUUUUCACUGGAAGGAGACCUACAGAUGACAUAUUCACAGAUGGUUUGAACCUUCAUAACUUUGCUAAGGCGGCUCUCCUUCAAGAUCAUGUAAUGGAAAUUGUUGAUCCUACACUGCCUGGUCAUGUUCGUCCCGAAGAUGAUAACAACACCGGAGCUCUAAUCAAUGUCGGGAAUGAGACUAAGUUAUGUGAGGCUCUGGCGACGAUUUUAAAUCUUGGCGUUAUGUGUUCAAUUGAAUCACCCAACGAACGGAUGGAAAUGGCACAGGUCAUGAAAGAGCUGCAAUCGAUCAGGAAAGCAUAUCUCUCCAGACUGGGAUAAGACGGCAGAUUGUAUCAUUAGAUCCGCCACAGAUAAUAUGUAGUUCUAUUUUUCUUUUAAAAAAAAGCCACUGAUACUUUUAGCAAACAUUACGGUUCUCUUUUUUAAAGGACGGGGUUAGUAGGAAAAAUAUCCGUGUAUCUGGUCAUGACUGACUGUUGCUGCUAUACAUUUCAAUAAAAUGCAUUACUCAUAUUUGAUUCUUA